CCCUUUGCUGGUAACAGUUCAUACACCCACCUUUUCCUUAAGUAGCCCGGUUGCUGGACACCAAUGCUGAUAGUAUGACGAGACCAGUGCAGGGGAGGCAUGGUUCGUCAGAUUGUUCUUCUCCGUCGAAAAACAGCGCAAGUGUAGUUAAUCCGGUCAUAGGCUCUUCAACGCCCGUGAGUAUUGAUCGAAGAGGGAGAAAGGCCACAUUCACUCCAUCUCACUUUAGCUCUAUUCCUGGGAAGUCAGCACAUGCCGUUGACCCCAUUCCUUCUCGAACAAACAAGAAAAGACCAAGUCUGUUUGCAUCCAAGUCACCUCCAGGAAAGGGAAAAGAGCCACGCCUCAGUUCAGUUCGUACGGGCACAGAUGUCAAUGAACGGCUACACGAAAAUGAUCAACCAUUCUUCACCUCCCCUGCUGCCACAACACCACAACAUUGUUCUUCAAAUCCUGUCACUCAAGCCUCCCCUACGUCCAGCAUGUCUUCAACUGGUGUGCGACAGAAAUCCAAAGUUCAACGUGCACAUACCUUUUGGAAUGAUGACAUUCUGGAUUUUGGGCUUCCUGAAUGUGCUUGCCCAUAUUGCGGAGCUAUGUUCUGGUAUGCUGAACGCCUUGAACGACACCGAAACACCACAAUGCCAAUAUUUGCUCUAUGCUGUAAUCAUGGAAGAGUCUCUCUCCCUUUGCUAAAGCAGACCCCGGCUUAUCUUAAUAGCCUUCUUGAUGUUAGUGGAGGCUCGGAAUCAAGGCACUUUCGUAAAGAGGUUCGUCCCUAUAACGGU